GCGCGCCCCGCCGCGCGCCCGCCCGUCGGGGCCUGUGCGCUGCGGCGCGUGCGCGAGCGGUGCAGCACCGGCCGCGGGAGCAGGGAGUAUUAUGGGCUGUGGGUGCUGCUGAGCAAGAUGGAGCUGUCUGCAGUGGGCGAGCGGGUCUUCGCGGCCGAAUCCAUCAUCAAACGGCGGAUCCGAAAGGGACGCAUCGAGUACCUGGUGAAAUGGAAGGGGUGGGCUAUCAAGUACAGCACUUGGGAGCCCGAGGAGAACAUCCUGGACUCGCGGCUCAUUGCUGCCUUCGAGCAGAAGGAGAGGGAGCGUGAGCUGUAUGGGCCCAAGAAGAGGGGACCCAAACCCAAAACUUUCCUCCUGAAGGCACGGGCCCAGGCAGAGGCCCUCCGCAUCAGCGACGUGCAUUUCUCCGUCAAGCCGAGCGCCAGUGCCGCCUCGCCCAAGCUCCACUCCAGCGCAGCAGUGCACCGGCUCAAGAAGGACAUCCGCCGCUGCCACCGCAUGUCCCGCCGCCCCCUGCCCCGUCCGGACCCCCAGGGUGGCAGCCCUGGCCUACGCCCACCCAUCUCGCCUUUCUCUGAGACAGUACGCAUCAUCAAUCGUAAGGUAAAGCCUCGGGAGCCCAAGCGGAACCGUAUCAUCCUGAACCUGAAGGUGAUCGACAAGGGUACGGGCGGAGGGGGUGCUGGGCAGGGGGCCGGGAGCCUCGCCCGCCCCAAAGUCCCCUCGAGGAACCGCGUCAUCGGCAAGAGCAAGAAGUUCAGCGAGAGCAUCCUGCGCACCCAGAUCCGCCACAUGAAGUUUGGCACCUUCGCGCUGUACAACAAGCCCCCGCCCAGCCCUCUGCCAUCCCCAGCAGCCAGCAAGGCUGAUGCCACUGCCUCCCCGGGCCCAGGGCUGCUCCUGGCCGCCCCCGCUGCCCCCUAUGACGCCCGCAGCUCCAGCUCCUCUGGCUGCCCCUCACCAGCACCACAGUCCUCCUCUGACCCCGACGAUGUGCCCCCCAAGCUGCUCCCCGAGACCAUGAGCCCACCUGCCCCCGACUGGCGGGAGCCUGAGGUGCUCGAUCUGUCCAUCCCUCCCGAGGCGGCCGCCACAAGCAAGAGGGCACCUCCCGAGGUCGCUGCUGCCACCAGCCAGGCACUUCCCACAGCCCCUGAGCCUGCCAGUGCCUCCUCCGAGCCUGAGGCUGGGGACUGGCGCCCUGAGAUGUCACCCUGCUCCAAUGUGGUGGUCACCGAUGUCACCAGCAACCUCCUGACAGUCACUAUCAAGGAAUUCUGCAACCCUGAGGAUUUCGAGAAGGUGGCUGCUGGGGUAGCAGGUGCUGCAGGGGCUGGUGGCAGCAGUGGGGUGAGCAAGUGAGGGGGCUCCACCAAGGAGGGGGGCUUUGGGGGGGCCCUCCUGCCCAAAGUCAUACUCUUGCUCCCACCCCCACCCCCACCCUCAGACACCUCUGCCUGUGCUUUGCUUUUUUCAAAUGGCUCGGUGUCGACCCCGGGAUGGGGCUGGGCAGCUGGAGCCCCCUGAAGCCCAGUGGGAGGGGCAGUCCCGGAACGGGUUGGCAGGGGGUAGGGCAAGCGCACUGGGAAAUACUCUCUUGUGUCCCAGCUUCCUCCCUGCCUAUGCACAGUAGGGACUGCUGGGAGGCUCCUAGGGAGCCCCAGAACCUGGGGUUCAGCUGCCCCCUCCACAUCCCACACGGUCUUUCCCCAGCUUGCUUCCAGCUCUCACGCACAGCAUCUGACUUCUCGGUGCUACCCCAGCAGCUGUGGGGCCCCUUAGGAGACCCCUUCCAGUGGGGGCACUGUCCUUUCCCUUCCUCCAGAUGGCUGGGCAGGAGGGCAGGAGGGCAAGGCCUGGACAGAGGUCGAGGCCGCCCUCGGCCCCUCCCUCCACAACAGCGAGGUAGGCGGGAGCAGGGCUAGAGGCAUGGGUCUCCCUGCUACUUUCAGAAGAGACCCAAGCAGGUCCCUUAGGCACCAUCCCAUCUCUUUCCCAAGCCCUGUCUUGAAGGUGGGUGGAGUGGCAGGAGCUCCUCACUCUGCCACAGCCUCCCAGCAUCUAGAGGCCCUUCCUGUUUGGACCAAAGGUGCUACAAGCGCCUGCUGUGGAAACUUGGGGCUGUGCAUGUGCAGCUGUGGCCCCUCGGGCAGUUUGUACAUGUAUCCAUGUGUGCACUUCUGGGGGGUAGCAUGGUGGAAGGCAUGGACCUUCCCCUGCCAUCAGCUGGGCCUGAGACCUAAGUCUGAGGAGUGUACUGUGGAGGCCACAGGCCAACCCUUCCGUUCCAGGGGUGCAGGGGGCAUGCACUGCACACCCCAUGCCCUUCUCCUGUGGGCAGUCAGCCCGACUAGUCAGGUCUUCACUGCAGGACAUGGUGCGGCGGGGACUGAGGUAGAGAGGGGAGAUCCCUGGCCCAAGCAUCCCCUUCCUCCCGGGAGUCUGGAGGCAAGGAGGCAGCCUGGAAGCCUUCCUGAGGGUCCUCAGCUUCUCCCACCCCCUUCCUCCUGCUGACUGCAGAGGUGUCCUCACAGCCCAGCCCGCUUGGCGCAGCAGGAGGCCUGUGCCACCCUGGGCAGCUUCUCUCUCUCUGUGUUGCCAAGGGAGCCAAGGUAUCCAUGCCAGUGGCAGAGACCAAAGCCCCAGUUUUAGUCCAGGCACUGGGCAGGUAGGCAGGCCAAAGCAGGGCACCAAAGAGGGGCCUGUGUUCUUCAGGAGAGUGAGGGUGGCAGGCCCAGGGGCCUGGUGCGUGGGGGAGGCAGCCCCACUGGUCAGCCCUGGACUCUGUUGGGCCUACUUUGGCGUGAAUGGCGUGUCUCUGUGGCUCGAGGUCACUUUUCCCAGGUGUGGGCAGCGGUAGUUGUCUCAGCGCAGAAGCAGCAUGACGAAAGGUAGGAGGCGGCAGAGGGAAUCCUGAUUGGUAAUAGUGUCUUUGUCUUAAGUGUGGGAGGACUCCUGCUUCUGAGCCUCCCUGCCCAGGGCUGUGGCGUGGCCCCUGCCCCUCCCUCCCUGCUCCAGGCUGUAGAACGAGGGCCCUUGCAGGGCUUGCGGGCUGGCACUCCUGGACCCCUCCCCACCCUGCCCUUUGUGUUGGCUCUGUGGCCGUCCAAGUGCCAAUUGGCUUCCCCCCAAAUAAGGGCUGGUAUUUCUCCUCUCCUUAGAGGUGAUUUCCCCCCUGACUCCACACCCCAGGUGAGUGACCACCUGGGUGCCAAUUACAGGUGUUUCCAGAGACCAUAGAAAUGUGUUUUCCUGAGAGUCUGUGUCAUUCGUGACUUUUUUUGUAAAGAAGUUGUGUUUUCAGAGGUGAUUUUAUGACAGGAAACUGAAAGAAUUAGUUUUGCAAAAAAAAAAAAAAAGGAAAAAAAAGAAAAAAGAAAUAGAAAAAAAUACUGUGGGAUUCCUAUGGGGUGGGGUGGGGGGGAGAAAGAGAUAUUUAAAGAAAAACUAGUAACGCAGUGAUUGCACAGGUGAGGUGGCAAUGUUAGGACAGGAGAUGGAGUCCUCAGCCCGGCUGGCGGGUGCCCGGGGUCAUGCCGACUGCCCUCCCUCCUGUCCUGGGCCCAGACUCCACACCUGUCCUUGCUCAAAGGGGAAGAUGACAGCUUUUCCCAAAGGAACUAGCCAGAAGCUGCAGGGGCCAGGCAAACGGAGCUGGGGCGUGGGGAGGUGGGGGUCGUUGCUGAGACCCGUCAUUGGUAACUUUGUCCAGAAGGCUGGGGAGUAGGUACAGGUGGUUUUGUUGCUCUCUUCCGUUCCUUUGCCGGCUUGUUGGACCAUUUGGUUCCUGUCACCGCCACCCCAUGGGGGCAUCUCCAUCCCCAUUCCCCCAGAGACCGUGAUACCCCUGAGCUUCCUUGGCUAGACAGGGAGGGCAUGCAGGCCUCAGGAAGACAGGAGCUGUGAGCUCCGGGAGAGUCUUAGGUGGCACCCCUAAGGGGUGGUGGGGUGUCACCACGGGGAGGAGGGAAUGCCUGCCUCUCUCUGCCGUGGGCAGGCUGCUGCCCCUGGUCCUCAGCCAUGCAGCCCCACCUCGGCGCAUGCAGAGCCCUGCGGUGCUGGGGCCUGAGUGGGCUCAGGGUCAAGAGCAGGCAGAACCCUCCUUUGCCUCUCUCCCAGGGUGGCUCUGAGCAGGGGCCCACGAGCCCCCACACAACUCGCUUCCACGGUCAGCCUCUCACGGGCCCUUCCCCCUGCUGCUUCUCCAUUUGCCUCAUCACCACGCAGAAGUGCAGUCUGGUUUGCUUUAUUUUUAUAUGUGUAAUACUCUGCAAAGCCUUGAUCUCCAUGUCUAAUAAUGGUUAGGGCACCAGUGAUCUCCCCUUCAGUGCCACCCCUUCCCUACCCAUGUGUCAUAGGGAGCAGUGAGAUCUGGUGUCUGGUUUGAGAUGGGAAGUUGGGACCUAUCACUGCCUCAUUCCCCUUCCUGACCCUCAUUUUGCCUUUCUGUGAAAUGGGUGCAUUGGGCGGCCAGGCCUCUUCGUAAAGCUCUGCUGGUGUCCAGGCAGCUGCUGAGGAGUGUCUGGCUGGGGCCGCAGGCACUGGGGCCUCCAGCCUCCCACAGCCCCCUUUCAUUCACGCCUUGCAAAGGGGCGAGGGUCAAAAUGAGCUCCAUGCUUGCUCUGUUCUGGGAGGAGGUGACCUAGUCCCCACCUCAGUGUGAGGUGGGGCAGAGCAGGAGGCGUCACCCCUUUCAACAGACGAGGAGAUGGGCUCCGAGGGGCAAAGCUGCUUCGCUGGGGUGAAGCGCCCAGCCUUGCUGGCAUUUUGGGAAAAGCCCCUUUCAAAGGUGGGACCCAGGCCCUGGCACCACGGAAAGCCUGUGGGCCACCCCCAAGCCAGGCGGCCCUGAGCGAGGGGUCAGCCCAGAGGAGGAAACUUAGCUCGGGAGCUGGGCUGCCAGCAGCCUUUUCAGCCUCUGGGGACCCGUGUAGACUCACCGCCUUCCCCACUUCUUCGAGUUUUCUUGUUUUUUCUUUGUUUUGGGGGGUUUUUUGCACUUGGCCCUGGCCCAGCCGGACAGCGGAGCCCUGCCCAGUCAGUCCCACUUUCGGGCUCCCGUGCACUAGCCCAAGGCAUCUUCUUGGGGGCUUGUAUGGUUUAAGGAAUCACUUUUAAAAGGUAAGGAAAGUGUUUUAAAGGUUUUGUUUUUUCUUUAUCUGCAUCUCCUCUCAGAUCCAGAAAACCUACAAAUAGGGGCUAAAACUCCAGGAGAGGGUCUCCCCAGCCUGAGCCCAUCAAUAGGGGGACAGGCUGGGUGGGGACUGAGGACCCCAUCUUCCAGGCCUGUGGGGUCCUGCCCUGCCUUAAAGGAGUGAGCACCCCACUCCAACAGUGAGUGGGUGCCCUUUGGCUAGGCAAAGGGGGGACCGGUGGUCUAAUAAGGGACCCCCCUACAAGAGGCCACGGUACAAGGAACGAGGUCUGGGCUUACUCCUGCUGUAGGGUGGAGUGGAGAUGGAGACGUCUUUCUGUUGGUUUUAAUUUAAAAACACAAAGGCCUAAAGAAAUGUAUCUUAUAAUUUUUUUUUAAUUUUUGAGAAGUUCAUUUAAUGAAUUGUGCACGAAUGAAUUCUAUAUAUAUAAAAUAUACGUAUAUAGCUCUAUAUUUGGGGAGGGACGCUGUCUCCUUUUUCUCUUUCUCAUUUUAAAAAUGAAGUGUCGUUGCCUUUGUCCGUGGUUCAACCGUCCAGCUCCCAGCUGGCUAAACGUUUUGCCUCCAGUGCUUAAAGACAGGAGGCUGGUAGGGUUGGCAGGAGACCGGAAGCAGAGGCGCCGCCCCUGCGUGGGGCGGGUCUCCCAGGCCCCUAGCUGCUCUCGCAGAGGUUGCAGGUGGAGAUGGCGGCUUAUCUGGGUGUGGGUUUGGUUCUGUUCUGGGUUUGGUUGUUUCUGGGCUGGGGGAGGGGGGUUUGUGCCGGUUACUCUUGUCUUGUUCGUUUUGUUCUGCUGCUCUUCAAUAUUGUAUCAAUGCCAGGAAGUGGGGGUGAAAAGCUGCUUUCACCCCCCAAAUAAAUUGUCACAUUCCGGAGCUAA